GCUGUUCUUGACAUUCAAGAAGCUCAUUCGACUUCUCGACUCAGCCGUCGGAGGCGAGCCGUUCUUCUCCCGACUGGCGUCUGGCAAGAUCGACGACAAGACAGUUGUGUUUGCUGGAGAUACUGGAAGGGUGAAUGUGGCCAUGGGCAGGCGCGGAAAGACCCCGUCGAAGUUCGGAUGCCGGCAGGAGGUGGACUUCAACUUUUUCCAAGCCCACCUUUGGCGAGAGAUGAAAGGGAAGUCCGAGCACAUCGCCCCUGCAGUGGUGUGGCGCGAAAUUCAGACCUUCAUUAAGGGGCAUCGGAAGGUCGCGGACUCGCGCGAAGGCUUUCUAAGUCGGGAAGACUACAUGGAGCUUGUGGGAAUGAAGAUGAACUGGGCUGUCCGGGGAUCUCGAGAUGAUCUUUACGAUCUCUUCCUCUCGUACGAGAGCUGCAAGAAGGCGAUCAAUGGCUUUGAUCGAAUGGAUGUGGCUUUUGACGUUCUCAGGCGCCUUCAGCAGCAUGACUACAAAGGUCCACCCAUUCAUCACCUCUACGUGGAUGAAGUGCAGGACCUGGCGCAGAUCGAGGCUGUGCUGAUGAUGCGCGUGCUCCCCAACCCUCAGGCCAUCGUCUUUGUCGGCGACACUUGCCAGACGGUUUCCAGCGAGACAGACUUUCGCUUCAAAGACUUGCGGUCCUGUGUCAAGGAGAUAUUCUAUCCGACCUCCAGCCCGGAAGUGGUGAAGGAACUCUGGUCGCUCCUGGUGAACUAUCGUUCGCAUGAUGGCAUCGUGCAGGCCAGUAACCACAUCGUCAGCCUCUUGGAGGAGCUCUUCCCGAUGACGAUCGACAAGCUGCCUCCAGCGAUGGGCCAGAAUGCUGGUCCACCUCCCGAGUGCCUCAACUUCGAUGAGCUGUCGAGACUCCUCUGCGAGCUGGACUCAAAGCGGAGCUCGCGGUCGACGUGCUUGCUGGGCGCCAACCAGCUU